UAAACCUAGAUCCCUUAACCUUUAAAGAAGAGUCUCAAAGGCGCCGUCAAAAACCCUAAUUCACAGAUCAAAUUUACUCCUCUCGUGUCUUCGUCGUUAGCUAGCUGGAGAGGUUUGUGCGGCUGCCAUUUCGAUUCCAAGUUUAGAUUUGUUAUUUGGUUGCGGAGCUCUGAAGAAUGGUGAGGAUCAGUGUGCUUAACGAUGCUCUCAAGAGUAUGUUCAAUGCGGAGAAGAGAGGGAAGAGGCAGGUUAUGAUCAGGCCUUCUUCCAAGGUCAUCAUCAAGUUUCUCAUUGUCAUGCAGAAACACGGUUACAUUGGUGAGUUCGAGUACGUUGAUGACCACAGGUCUGGUAAGAUUGUGGUUGAGCUCAAUGGAAGACUUAACAAGUGUGGUGUUAUUAGUCCUCGUUUUGAUGUCGGAGUUAAGGAGAUUGAGGGUUGGACCGCUCGUCUUCUUCCUUCCCGACAGUUUGGCUACAUUGUUCUUACAACCUCCGCUGGUAUCAUGGACCACGAAGAAGCAAGGAGGAAGAAUGUUGGUGGCAAGGUUCUUGGAUUCUUUUACUGAAGAAGCAAGAGACUCUUCUUUGUCCCGAGUAUACUUUGCUUCUCCUUUUGGUGAGACGAGGAAUUCGAAUUGAGCUCAAAGGUCAAAGAGGGUAGUAGAGUUUUUGAUGUUUGGUUUCUUAGUUAAUAUGCCAUUUUGUUUGUUUUGCGCAAAAGACUCGCAAAUGUAGACAGUAAGAAGUGCUUAUUUUCAGACAUUUUUUUAUCUUCACUUCAUGAGACAUGUGUGCUGUCUUGUUUCGAUGGUUCAAGCAUCGUAUAAUCAAUUUUCUAAAUAAAUUUUGAUUCGCUA